GGGGAAGGUUUUCUUUAACGUGAUUACUUACAAGUAGUAUUUCAUCAUGGAUGAGCUAUCACCUGAAGAAAUUCAGCUGAGGGCCAACCAGGUCACUGAUGAGUCUUUAGAAAGCACAAGGAGGAUUCUUGGCUUAGCCAUUGAGUCCCAGGAUGUUGGCAUCAAAACUAUUACCAUGCUGGAUGAACAAGGAGAACAAUUAAAUCGUAUAGAAGAGGGCAUGGACCAGAUAAAUAAGGAUAUGAGAGAAGCUGAGAAGACACUGACAGAGCUCAACAAGUGUUGUGGGCUCUGUGUCUGUCCAUGUAACAGGACAAAGAACUUUGAGGCCAGCAAAGCAUACAGAGCAACCUGGGGAGAUGGAACAGAGAACUCAGCAGAUCAUGUGAUAUCCAUGCAACCAAGAAGUCUAAAUCGGCAGCAGCCACAGACUUCUGGAGGACCAAGUGGUGGAUAUAUUACAAGGAUAACCAAUGAUGCCAGAGAAGAUGAAAUGGAUGAAAAUCUUGCUCAAGUUGGAAACAUUCUUGGGAAUUUGAAAAACAUGGCUUUGGAUAUGGGCAAUGAGAUUGAUGCCCAGAAUAAGCAAAUAGACCGGAUAAAUGUAAAGGCUGAUACAAACAGGGAACGCAUUGAGCAUGCGAACAUCAGAGCCAAGAAACUAAUUGAAAAUUAAAGCCUGCUGUCAUUGUUCAAUGACAGCCUCUCCAGCUGCAAGCCACCAUAUUCACGGAUCUGUGAAACUUCUAUUCUGAAAUAAGAGGGGCUGGGAAAAAUGAAGCAGUACCCUUUCUGUAGGGAUUAGUUUUCUUUUAUUGCUUCAUGUAAACAUGGCCUUGACUCCAAGAAAGCAGCCAACUUCCUUCUACUCAUCUGCCUUCACUUUCUUUAAACUGCUCAGGGCUAAAAGUUUAGGGCUUUGAGAAUCUUCUUGCAUGUUUUAUUCCCCUUCCCAAUUUCUUUUUAUUAUUUUUUUUAUUUUUUUUUUCCUGCACCGAAAAUUCAGUCCUUUAAGUUGAACAAGCAGGGUAACCUGAAUUCACAGUUGUGGAAAGUUGGAGAGGGCACUUUGCACUGUUUGAAAUACCUCAUAAGUUGAGUGUCUUCACUAAAAUAGGGACUAGGUGAACAUUGUCUGAUUUGUAUCUCUAGCAUCUAACCAUAGUUUUACAAUCCAAACCACACAAUUGGUUUGGAGUUGACCUUGUGAAUCACAGAAUUGAAGAGGCCCAUUACGUACAGCUUGUGGGUUGAGGGCUUUAAAACACUUCCUAACCACACAAACUUUAAGGUAAUGGUAACCAGAGGGAUAUAAGGUUUCCAGUUCUUUACUGUAAAUUGACAUUGGUUUGGAGGCCAUGACUAAUCAUGCUGCAUUGUUCUGAUAAUAUUUGUUGUCUGUGUGUAUAUAUCUGACCUAAACCCCAUGCACACAAGUAGAAGAUUAUAAAACUAUCUCUGCAAGGUAUUUACUUGAUAGAAAAUUUUACACCCCUCAUCUAAAAGCUUUUGUUUGAAUGAUGCAUCUGAACUGGAAGAAACUGAGUAGAAAAGCAUGCAGUUUGCUUGCUUCUCAUAUCUUAUUUUCUUGUGACCGAUUUUCACUGGAGUUACAAUUGAGAUCUGGUGCAGAAUUCGCUCUCAGCAGUGGCUUUGGGAGUGCUUCUUAAAACUACCAAAACCAGAGAAGCUUAUUGUGAAGCUUUUUUGUCACAAGUCUGAAGGAAGCAGUAGUUAUUUAGGAACUGUAAGCUAGUUCUAAAUAAACUAGUUCUAAAUAGAUUCUUGGCUGGUUUAUUACUGCAGACCUUGGGACUGGCAAUUGGAAAUACUACAUAUCUAAGUUGCUUGCAAAUAAAAUGGUCUUACUCUGUUGCAGAAUAGAGGAGUUUGUGACCAGGUGAGGUAAAGCACUCUCCCAUGAAGAAAAAUAGUUCGUUUUUACUGUAAUAUAAAAAGAUUUUCUUGAAAUCUUGAUAGCAAUUAAAUUACAAGUGACUUGAAAUAUUGUGACUCUACCCAGCAAUAUAUUAUGCCUCUUUUAAAGUUGAAAAUGAUACUUUGGACUAACCUGGGAUACUCAGUGUUGGAUGGCAGAAAUCUUCAGACUUAAUUGAUAGGAGGAAUAAUUAAAACUGUUAGCAUUAUGCCAUGCUUUAUUGAAGGACAGUUCACAAAUACCCUGUAGCCACUAAUAUUGAACCCCAGAGUCCGAGAUGACACUAACCCACUGAAAUACAAGACAGUGUUUGUUCUGUUUUCUUUUUAGUAGAAGUACAGUCAGUGUUACUAGUAUAUUUUCAGUUGGCUCCCAGGACAACUUGAUAUUUAAAGAAAAAAGAGCCAAAACCAAGAACCACACGCACAAAAACCCACAAUAACCCACCAAACAAAAACCCCAAACAACUGACCAAAGGAUGGGGCAGCUGCAUGUAAAAAUAGGCCAGUGGCAGUUUGCCUGAUGUGGAUAAGGUAGAGUCAUUUUUAGGGGACUAGAUACUUGAGUUGUGUGGGU